UGAUUUAUUUUAGCUGCCCCUUACCGGUACACCAACUCCCUGAAAUCCCCAUAUAGAAAAGAUUUAACGAAAAAUCCGCCAUUUUCAACCUUCCCCGAUUUCCCCCUCAAGAAAUUCCGACCAAUUCAUCCUCCUCGAAGAAGUUGCAGAGAUCGGGGAAGAGAUGUCCGGAUCUCAAAGCUCCAGAUCUCUGCAAUUCCUCUUCUUCGUUUUUCUUCUCUUUCUCCAUUCACUUUCCGUGUUGGCAAAUGACCAUUCAAGUGCUAAAGAUGGUGGUAAAUCUAAAAAGGACGAUGCUCGGAGGAGCCCCUCGAUGGUGAUCAAGAUAAUAAUCAUAUGUUUAGGAGUGGUGACUGUCAUUGCCUUUUCUGUGAUUCUAUUCAAGAUAUGGCAAAAGAAGAAGAGAGAAGAACAACAUGCCCGUCUUCUCAAGCUGUUUGAAGAUGAUGAUGAACUCGAAGUCGAACUUGGCCUUCGGGAUUGAGCUCUGUGAUACUCGUCCUCUAUAUCCACCUAAUUAAGAGGAGGUGCAUAUUGUGGAUUCCAUUGCCUUUUGUUUAAUGAUGUAUACAAGCUUUUAGAUCUUAUCCCAAUUUUGUUUUUGGAUAAGCUGAGCUGGUUAAAUCAUAGCAAAUUCUUUCUUGUCAAUUAGAUAUGAAUAAUGUUGUUGCUCCUUCAAUCAUUCAUCUUAGACAUGUAACAUGUCUAUGAUCUCUGAGGCAUGUCUCAAAUCUAAAUCAUUGUUUAGUGAAUUGGUCACAUUGGUAAAUACAUGUUCAAUUUUUCUAGGGGGUGGAAAA